GAGCUGCAAAACGCACCACUCAAACCUGACGCCCGCCAUCAGCUUCCAGCAUUUACUAAUACUUUCCACAUUCGCCCCAUAAACUUUCCAAGAUUCACCUCUUCAGUUCUCUUCCAAAAAUAAUUAGCCAAUCGAACCACAUAAAUUCAGAAUCACAUCAUCUGCCACCCAGUAAUCAUGGCGUCUCUAGCAUUCACAGCGCCGUCCAAGAUUCCACCAUAUUGUCCUAAAAUCCCAGCAAAUACCCAUCGGUAUCCACAAUCCAUAACCAUGAAAACAAGGGUGGUUUUGUCCAAAACGGCCAUAAAAGCCACGAGUCAAACUGGUUCCCAAUCUCCAGGACUCUACUCGGCCCAGAAAUUUGAGCUGACUCCUGAAAACGUGGACUUGGUUCUUGAGGAUGUUCGCCCUUACUUGAUUGCCGAUGGCGGAAACGUCGACGUUGUCUCUGUUGAAGAUGGUGUUAUUUCUCUCCAACUCCAAGGAGCAUGUGGUAGCUGUCCUAGCUCAACAACAACUAUGAAAAUGGGCAUUGAAAGAGUACUGAAGGAAAAAUUUGGAGAUUCAGUUAAAGAUAUCCGUCAAGUCAAUGAUGAAGAAGUAAAGGAGACAACUCCUGAGGCAGUGAAUAGGCAUCUUGAUAUAUUGAGGCCAGCAAUUAAGAACUAUGGUGGGAGUGUGGAAGUAGUGUCGAUUGAGAGUGGGGAAUGCCUUGUAAAGUAUUCAGGUCCUGAGUCCAUUGGUUCAGGAAUCAAAGCGGCAAUUAAGGAGAAGUUCCCGGAGAUUACAAAUGUUGUACUCGUCGUCUAGGUCAGGUAUCAUGUCUGAAUCUCAUAAAAAUGUAUAGACUUGAAAGACCACUUUUUGGACAUGUCCAUUAAUUCAGGUGCCAGCAUGUUUGUGUUUUCCAUUCUUUCCCUUACGUUGUUGCUCCUCUAAAUUGUGUCUAUCAUUUAGCUUCAAAUUACACUCAUUGCCUGCAAUGACAGUAAGAGUGUAUUCUUGUAUUCUGCAUCUUUUCAUGGAUCCGCACAUGUAUAUUUUAUUUUCAGAUUGCUUCACUGAAUUAGUUCGAAUUUGUGCUUUUGCAAAUGAAUAAUAUUUUGAUUCUGCUUGUAA